AUGGCACUACCGUUCGGAGGCCUGGCGCUGUUAGCCACGGUCGCCGGAGUGCUUGGACAAACUACUAUCAGUGACGAUAGAACUACCAUGACCGGCUCGACAGUCUCGUUAACUAAAGUUACAACUCCUACCGAUGCAUAUCAAUCUUUUUCCACCCAGAUUACUUUGGGUACUGGCCUUGGCUCGAUCGAGACCGAUGGUACUUCUAUAGCUUCCAACAGCACAACAAAGUCUACAAUAAGGUCCUCGAAGAGCGAGACGGUAACGUUCCUGACUGGAUCUAUUGUAACGACAACGGCAUUGUCCGGUGAGAAUGCCACUUCUUCUACUUCGUCACCUACGCCAGAAGUCACCAAUACGCAACCCUGCAAUAAUUAUCCCGAGUUUUGCAGCCGAAAAUAUAGCAAUAUUACCCACGUCGCUUGCCACAACUCCCCCUUUAUCACGCCAAACAAUUUAGCAGCGAACCAGCAGUACGAUGUUACGUCUCAGCUCAACGACGGUGUACGGUUUAUCCAGGGCCAAAUACAAUGGCCCACUGGAGGAAACGUGCCUCAUUUCUGUCAUACGAGCUGCGAUAUCCUUGACGCUGGUCCGAUCACCGACUGGCUCACCCAAGUGAAGAACUGGGUUGCAGCCCAUCCUUACGAUGUAGUUACCAUACUCCUAGGCAAUGGAAAUUAG